GAAUUCUAUUAGCUAUGGGAUUAUUUAUUCCAUGGGGAUUUCAUUUACAUCCAAUGAUGGCUGGGGCUGCAAUAGCUUGUUCAAGUUGGAAAAAGUUGUUUGAUGAUGGAGGUUUAAUAAAUUAUUUAAUAAUCUUUAUGAAACAAGAUCCCGUUAGUAAUUAUGGUGGUAGCAGAUAUAGUAAAUUAGCCACUGAUGAUA